CCUGAGGAACAGAAGGGUUCGGGGGUGGGGCGCUCAGUGACAGCUGAAGGAGGAAGCGCCGGCAAUGGCGGACGAGACUCUGUUCCAGCUGCUUCACACGGAGGUGGUGGCGGCCGCGUAUGGCGGGGGCCGGGGCUCGGGAGACGAGGGACAGAGGACCGGCUUGACAGUCCUUGAGGGCAUGGGCUUCCGUGUGGGCCAGGGCCUGGCUGAGAGGCUGCCCCGAGGGGCCCUGGUCUUCAGAGAGGAGCUGGACACCAUCAAGUUCCUGUGCAGGGACCUGUGGGGGGCAGUGUUCCGGAAGCAGACUGACAACCUCAGGACCAACCACCAGAGUGCUUUACAUGGAUUCACAGCCAUCCCAGGGAUUUUAGGCAACAAUUACCCCAUUAUACAGAUGAGAAAACGAAGGCUCCUGGAGGGAAAGGACUGCGGAGAUGUUGAAGCCAAAACAAUGGAUUUCUGCUGCUGGGGGGUUUAAGCUUUGAGGACCACUCUUCUGCGUGGUCCUUGACCAAGAGGCCAAGACCUUGCUGCCUCCUGAAGCGGCCCAGUCUCUCUAUGGACAGGUCUGAUUUUUAGGAAGGCUGUAGAUCUCCCUCCCUGAGCAGCCCUGCUUCUUGUGCCCCCAGGGACCAAGUGGGACGAACCUGGGACCCCUCCCCCAUGACAGCCCUUCCAGUGCUUUAAGGCCGAGCAGUGGGAAGAGCCCUGACCUCCCAGCACGUUCUUUCCUCCAGGCCUUUCCUCAUUGUGCCUCGGCAUGGUCUGCAGCCCUCUGACUAUCCUGGCCCCCAUCUUCUGGACAGGCCCCCUUCUCUCCAUGCCUUUCCUGAGAUGGGACCCCAGAACUAAUCCUGUGCUCCCAGAGUGGUGACCCCAGCAGGUGACCCAACCAGGGUUGGGAAUCCAGGGAACCGUUCGGGGCUGUGGACAUUUGGUGGAACCAUGGGGUCGUAAGAGGGUUUAGUGGUUCUGGAGUCAUGGAGGAGCCUGGGUGACAACCAGGGUCAGGAGCCGGAAGGAUCCAGGGCUCAGGGAGGCUCGGUCAGCCCCAGAGUCUGAGGGGCCCUCUGGGAAGCUUGGAGCCAUUGCAGAGUUCUGAGGUAUUCUCCAAUAAAGCCUGAGCCUCA